UUAUCCCGGGCGGGCCUGCCUAUAAAUGUGAAGACCGGGGUGGGGUGUUGGCUUCAAUCAAUCACCGGUGCAAAGAAAACAGAGCUCUGCUGAAAUUCAUUUAACGCAAUUGGAAUUAUAUACUCUUCAGCUACCUCAAUCAACGCACAAAUUAAAGGCCGGACGGAGGUAACUAUCGUGCUUAUCAAUGUUUCUACUGAAAGACCACAAAAGGAAGAGGUCGUGCAUAUGCUUGAUAUUUCCUACAACUUCUCUCUUCUGUCUGCUCCUCCUUGUAGGGAGCUCAUUUAUACAUAUUCAAAAAGAGAAACUCUUGAGAUGGAAAAGGGAUGACAUAGAUAACAAAACUUGUCAGAAAACAUGCAGACCUCCAGGAAGUGAGUCAUUGCCUCAAGGCAUUGUUGCGAAGACUUCUAACUUAGAGAUGAGACCACUUUGGGGUUCUCCAAAGAAAUUAGAACAUGCCAGAAGCCUAUUUACAGCUGCAGUUGGGAUAAAGCAGAAAGAAAAAGUAGAUAUGUUGGUUAAAAAGUUCUUGUCAUGUAAUUUCACAGUAAUGCUUUUCCAUUAUGAUGGAAUUGUUGAUGGAUGGAAGGACUACGAAUGGAGUAAUACAGUGAUACACAUAUCAGCUCUCAACCAAACAAAAUGGUGGUUUGCAAAGAGGUUUCUGCAUCCAAAUAUAGUUGCAGAAUACAAUUACAUUUUCUUAUGGGAUGAAGAUCUCGGUGUCGAAAACUUCAACCCUGAAAAUUAUGUGUCCAUCUUGAAGGAGGAAGGUCUUGAGAUUUCACAACCAGCACUUGACACCGGAAAAUCUGAGGUGCACCAUCAGAUUACGGCACGUGGAAGGAGAGCAAAUGUACACAGGAGGACAUAUAAAAUUGGUGAAAAGGGUAUGGUAUGUAAUGAAAGUAGUACGGCUCCCCCUUGCACCGGGUGGAUUGAAGUAAUGGCUCCUGUAUUUUCAAAAGCUGCAUGGACCUGUGUGUGGUAUAUGAUCCAGAAGAACGAGCAAUGGUACGUUGAUUGUUGGAGCUUCAAGAGAUAGGUGUGGUAUCAAGAUACACUAUGUAUCCCAUGGUGGAUUUCUAAUCAUCUAACUGGUCCAUUAUGCAUCGUAGAAUGCAUGAAGAACAUGAGGAGAGUUGUGAUUAAUUUGAAUAUGUCGCUCAGUGGUAUCACAUAGAUAUUGAAGAAGUGUUUUGAUGGUUGCCUAGUGAUGUGUACGUGGUAUGUGCAUAUAUUGUGAGAGUAUUAAAGCAUAUGCAACAUUAGAGCAAGUUUGUUUCCGAACAGUGCUCUUAAAGACUGAUAGGUUGUCAUUGAUCAAGAGAGAAGCUUUGCAUCAACCAUCUCCAUGUGACCAAAUAGAUGUAAUAUAUAUUUUCAAUGUCUUAAGAACACACCUGUGGUGGAUGUGAUGAGUUAAAUCCCAAGAAAUAGGAUGCAUGACCAAGAUCCACUAAAUAGAACCUUUGUUCAAUUUUGCAUGAUAUCCCAUGAUAGCUUCAUCAUUCAGGUACAUGAAUAUGAUAUCGCCAACAUACACCAAUAGGGUGAAGAGGAGAGAAUAUUUACUUGUAAGAGACAAUUCUUUAGUUCCAUGUACAAUACUAUUGGUAUCUAUUUUAAGCCAUAAAAAGAUCUGCAUAAUUUGCAAACCCAAAAAGAUUAUUAGAACACACAAAAACCCGGAGGUUGUGCCAUAAAAAUGUUCAUAUACAAUGUAUGUGGUAGAAAGGCGUUAGUAAUGUCCAAUUACUUGGGAGAUCAUCUGUGAGUAACAACUAGAGGGCAUCAACAGGGUCGAGCUAGAGUUCAUUGGCUCAGUUCAAUACAAGUGUAUUCAUAUCAAAAGUAAAAAAUUUUGUUUUCAGUUUGAAUCUUUAUUGCUGAGAAUCAGUCAGAUUAAGGACCGACAUAAUGUUUCCAUUUAUCUUGAUGAAGAAGGGGUUGAUUGGUUCUAUGAUGCUCUUUGUCGAUUUCAAAAUGGGAAUUGUUGCACAACUACUAGACUGAUUACGCUAUAGGGAUAUUGUCAUUUUGACAAAGAACUGUUAUGAUGGCAUGGCUAGAGAAGCAAGGAAGAAUGAGAGUAAUGUGGAGGAAGUAACACUGAUUCAAGUCUUGUCUCCUGAGCAAAGUCAGUAAAAAGAAAUCAAGGGCAGUACUCAAUUGGAUUUUGAUGCGGUUUCAGAUGAAGAGUCUUUGGGAUAUGCCUCAGAUCAAGAGCGGCUUGCUCGACCAAGUGAUCCUAAUUAUAAAAUGGCUACUCAACUUAGGUUUAGACGAAUUUCUCAACUUCAAUCUAAAAAUCGGAUUAAGGAUUAGAAUUACCAUGGAAUAUUGCGAUUACAUCUUCAUAGGGAAGAUUUGUCAUGUUUUUUUGGAAGGGUGGUUUCGGCUUAUUUAUGUGGUAUUGUUGAAGACCUUGGCUAUCGGUUUCUAUCUUCAACAAGAGGAGGACUUCUUUUUUGGGUGUGGAUCAUUAGCAAGUUAUUUCAAUAACUUUUUGUUAUUUCUUUAACUUUCUACCUUCAUUAGCGGUUGUACUCUUUUCUUUAUUUUAAUAAAAAAAUUAUUUUUGCUGCAAAAAAAAACUUAUGUGUGUAUAUAAUAUAUACAUAUAUUUGUAUAUAAAGUAGACUUUGAAUCAUAUAAAAAGAAUUGUUAAUAUGAGAAUGAGAAUUGAUCUAGUGCAUUGCACAUGAGACAAAUGGCUUUAAAGUUGGUGUAUCAUAUUCGGUCAAAAACGUGGUGGAAAUGUCAUAAAUUGCCACCCUAUAAAAGUGCAGCAUACGAUAUUAAGAUAAGUGUACCACAGAGAAUUAGAAAUGAUAUUUUCACAUUUCUCACUUUAAACAAUCUUUUAUGGAAACCACACUCUAUAUAAGUAUGUGUGUGUAUGUGUGCGUGUACUAGUUAAAAACGAAGAUAAAAAAAGUACAUACUAGUUAAAGUUUAUAUUUAUUUUGAUAUGUACAAGUGUAAUGUGUGCACACUCAUAAAUUCAACGUGUUCAAUUUCCUCGCAACAUAGCUGAAUAUCAUUAAUAUCCUAAUUGUUUUACAAAAACUUUUAUUUCUCAAGGAGAUGCGCAUUGUAAACUCAUAAGUUUUUUACAGAAUGAUUUGAUCCAUGCUUGGGGAUUGGACAUGCAACUUGGAUAUUGUGCACAGGGAGAUAGAACAUCCAAGAUUGGUGUAGUGGACGCAGAGUAUGUGGUACAUUAUGGGCUUCCCACGCUUGGAGAGCCGGGAAACAAGGCAAUUACAAGAGUGUCUUCCAACGCAGUCGACUUUAGAAUCGAAGUGAGAAGACAAUCUUAUAAUGAAUACAAGGUGUUCAAGAGGCGAUGGAAAGAGGCAGCUGAGCAGGAUAUGUGCUGGACAGAUCCUUAUCCAGAUCAACCCUCCUCACUUUUGUAAAUAACAGAAUUAAUACAAAACAAAAAGAAGCAAACAAGAAGAAACAAGAGAUUUCCUAUGCUUCUGAAAUACCCAACUAAUUAUUUCCCUCGUUACAAUCUUAGGCCUCUUUCAUUUUAGGCAAAAGAUUGAAUCUAAUUAUCUCAAUUUUUUUACUUAUUCAUAUAAGUAUUAAUUUGAAUCAUUAGAUGAUGUUAAAAUUAAA